AUGUCUCAAUAUGCUAGUAGUUCUACAUGGACUUCAUUUUUGAAGUCAAUUGCAUCCUUCAAUGGUGAUUUAUCUUCUUUAACUGCUCCCCCAUUUAUUCUAGCUCCAAUCUCUUUAACAGAAUUCUCUCAAUAUUGGGCUGAACACCCAGAUUUGUUUUUGAAUCCUUCUUUUGUUGAUGAUACAAAUUUUAAAGAUUAUGUUAAAGAUUUAGAUGAAAAUGUUGAAUCUCCAGAAAUUGCAAGAAUGCUUCUAGUUACCAAAUGGUUCAUUUCAACUUUGAAAUCCCAAUACUGUUCAAGAAAUGAAACUAUGGGUUCUGAAAAGAAGCCUUUAAACCCAUUUUUAGGUGAAUUGUUUGUUGGUAAGUGGGAAAAUAAAGUUAAUCCAGCUUUUGGUGAGACUGUCCUUUUAAGUGAACAGGUCUCUCAUCAUCCUCCAGUCACUGCAUACACUAUCUUCAAUGACAAAAAUAACAUCAAAUUACAAGGUUAUAAUCAAGUUAAAGCUUCUUUCACAAAAUCUUUAAUGUUGACCGUUAAACAAUACGGUCAUACUAUCUUGAACGUGAAGGGUGAGCACUAUUUAAUGACUCCACCGCCUUUACAUAUCGAAGGGAUCUUAAUGGCAUCUCCAUUUGUUGAAUUAGAUGGUAAAUCAUACAUUCAAGGUUCAAAUGAUCUAUUCACCGUCAUCGAAUUCUCUGGUAGAGGUUAUUUCUCCGGUAAGAAGAAUUCCUUCAAGGCUAAAAUCUAUCAAAACUCUGAUGAUUGGUCAAGUAAGAGUAAAGAUCCAAUAUAUACCAUUUCUGGUCAAUGGUCUGGUCAAUCUACUUUGGUUAAAAACUUACCAAAUGGCAAAAAGACUGAUCCUGUGUUAUUCUAUGAUGCUGAAAAGUGUGUUGCCGAACAUUUAUACGUUAAGCCAAUUGAAGAUCAACAUCCUUUAGAAUCCAGAAAGGCUUGGUUACCUACUGCAGAAGCCAUCAAAGCUAAUGAUUUUGAAGGCAUUUCAAAGGCAAAAACUGAAUUAGAAGAAAGCCAAAGAGAAUUAAGAAGACAAGAAGAAGCUAAGGGUAUUAGCUGGCAAAGACGUUGGUUUAGUGAUGUCGAUUACUCUGACGAUGUAAAUAAUAAAAAUGAAAACAAUGACGAAAAUACAAACAAUGAUGAUGAAAGCAACAAAAAUGAUCAUGUUAAAGAACGUCCACAACCUGAUGAUAUUUUCAUUAAAUUGGCAUCCAAAUUCAAUCUAUCGACUAAGAAUGUCCCAAGUGGAACUUUGAUAGGCGAUAAAGAAGAUAAGAAGGAAGGUUUACAAUCUAUUCACUGGAGAUUUAAGAGAGAGUUAUGGGACAAUGAACAAGAAAUUGUUUUGUAA